UGCACUGGGGGGGCCGCCGGCGGAGCUCAGCGUCCCGCUCGCUGGUGCAAUAGGACCGCUCAGCGCGGCUAGCAGAGGAGCCGGCGGAGAACCCGGAGGUGCAAGUUACCAGGCUUCCCGCAGCUGGAGUCUGGCCCUGGCUGCCUGGACACUGGCCCGUCCCCCGGCUGCUGAAGGACUGAUCGCACCUCGCUGCCACCCCAAACAGAUGUGAGCGAGCCUGGAGAACUGAAGCCCAGCUCACAAUCAACAGUGUCCUCCUCUCCCCCGCAGAACCAGAGAGGGUGAAAUAUGUGGCAGCCGGCAACCGAGAGACUGCAGCAUUUUCAGACCAUGUUGAAGACCAAGUUGAAUGUCCUAACUCUUCGGAAAGAGCCUCUUCCUACAGUGAUCUUCCAUGAGCCAGAAGCCAUUGAGCUGUGCACCACAACUCCAUUAAUGAAGACCCGGGCCCACACUGGAUGCAAGGUUACAUAUUUGGGUAAGGUGUCCACAACAGGGAUGCAAUUUUUAUCAGGGUGCACAGAAAAACCUGUCAUUGAAUUAUGGAAGAAGCACACACUAGCCAGGGAGGAUGUCUUCCCAGCAAAUGCCCUUCUGGAAAUCCGCCCCUUCCAAGUCUGGCUUCAUCACCUGGACCUCAAAGGCGAAGCCACAGUCCACAUGGAUACCUUUCAGGUGGCACGUAUUGCCUACUGCACUGCCGACCACAAUGUCAGCCCAAACAUCUUUGCUUGGGUUUACAGGGAGAUCAACGAUGACUUGUCCUAUCAGAUGGACUGCCAUGCUGUAGAGUGUGAGAGCAAGCUGGAGGCUAAGAAGCUGGCUCAUGCCAUGAUGGAGGCCUUUAAGAAGACUUUUCACAGCAUGAAGAGUGAUGGCCGGAUCCACAGGAAUAGCUCAUCUGAGGAAGUGUCUCACGAAUUCGAAUCUGAUGAUGGCUGACUCAACUCAUUGAUGGUACAGCAAGGGCAGAAAUUGCCUAGGGAAUAGGAGUUGAUAGAUGAAUAAGCAACAACUGAUAUCUGGAAUUAAAAGACGGCCAAACACUUGGCUGACCAGCUUUUUAAAUCAAAAGAGCAAAUCAGUACCUAAAGAUAUGCAUCAUUAAAGUAAUUAUGUUACAUUGAAAUCUGCUGCUGUUGUAAAUGUGAGAAAAAGCUUCCCCCCUUGCCCCAUUUCACCUCCCCAACCCAUGUACCGUCAACUCUUUAUAGCCUGGUAUAGUUCAGGUGUACAAUCUGAAGUUGAUUCAGUCCAGUUUGCCUUAUGAAAUUCAUCAAGCAAUUUUAAUAGUAGAUUAUCUGGGAUUCGUAGCUGGGAUCUGAUGCUGCUAUGCAGCAGCAAGUGCAAAAGGGAGCCUCUUGGUUCAGAAAAAUGAAUCCCUUUCAAUGUCAUAUUGCAAAAUCCUUUGACCUUACCUAGGCUGAAACAGCCGUUCAUAAGCUUUUUGAGAAAUGGCCUGACAUUCUGCAGUUUAUUCACAUUUCACAGAUUUUUAAAAAGAUGCUUAUAUUUACACAUUAUAUCAUAUGCUAUCCUUUAUUUUAUUCAUUUUGUCUAUUUUCUUAAUUUACCUGCAGCCACUCGUCUCUCACCAAGCACCAUUAAUUACAAUUUCCAGGAUACCAAAAAGGGAAAAAAUAAAUCCAUGAUGGCUGGUAAUACAAUGAACCAGCUCCAUUAUUUCUGCUGAGAGUUGAGUGACAUGUUGCUAAGACCCGUGGUGUUUCACCAGUUGAACUGGGACUUAUGAUCCUCCUCAGGUCUGAAGUGAUAUGAACAUGGUAGCCUUAAUUCCACAGUAGUCUCCAUUCGCCAACCUAGUACAUAUAAUUUCAUGUAGCUGGUACUCCUGGGUCACAAAAGCUAGGGGUGUGUUACCAUAAUAGCAAAGUGUCUCUGACAAUUAAAGGUACUAUUCCUUUUAGAGUCAGGUUUGAAAUGAUUGGUUUGUACUGAAAUGACUGAGAAGUUCACAGUAAGAUAUCCUGCACUUUUCCUGGUCCACAGACAAAAAGGUUCAUAACUUUUGUAAAGGCAGAAAAAAAAUCAAAUAAAAACAAAACCUUUGGUUCCCUAAAUGUUUUUAAGGCCAAGAGCAGAUGAAUAGUUUGCAGGUAAUGCUGCUCCUUGUUCGUAAUCAUGGUAAUGGUAGGGGCACUAGGGCACCUUACAGAAGCCUUAAAAGAAAGCUAUGUGUCUGUGUUUUGUGUGUGUAUAUAUACAUUGUGUGAGAGAGCAUAUGUAUGCCUGUGUUAAAGCAUGUAGAUUGAGCAUGGAGACAUGUUGAGGAGGAUCCAUGGCUCUUGAAAAUAUGCUUGUUGCUUUCCAAUGUAUGUAAACUAUUCUCCAGCAUAAAUACAUUCAUACUUUAAUAAAAAAUAUGUUUGAGUUAAA